AGCUAGUAAAGAUGGUCUACAAGAUUGAACAGAAACUGGUAGCUGAAACUGGUCAGAACAGGCUGGAUUUUUCAGCAGGUAGUUGCUAUAAUGUAAAUGAUAACAGGAAGUUGUUUCGCAGAUGUUACACAAUAUUAAAUGGAAUUUAAUGCCAAGAGUCAAUAAAAGCAGAAAAGAUCAUUUUGUCUGUCACCUCAGACAAUUCCCUACCAGACCAGCAGAGGGAAUCCUUUCUCAUAGUAUGAAUUUCUUCUUUGGUUCCUGUGAUUUUCUGUACACACCUGUCUUGUCUUUCCCCUGAUUGGUUCUCAUUUAUAAGUUCUGUGUUUUCCCUCUUUAGUAGUAUUUGUUUUACUGAGUAGUUAUUAUCUGAUGUUUCUGCAUGCUAGAUUCUUGUUUUGUACCCUUUCUAGUAUUCUGGGUUUUUUAAUUAAUUAAUUUAUUUUUUAUUUUAUUUUAUUUAUCUUGCCUUGACAUUUUUUUUAGUUUGUACUUUGUUUAAAUAAAUCUGUGCCCCAAAUCUUUACAACACUAUACUGAUGCUGCAGGUAAAUAUUAAUCUAACAGACUUGAUUUUAAAUUAUUUUAUUACCUGUUACAAACUUCUACUAAAAUUAGUCUAUCAGAGCUAGAAAGUAAUGCAGCCUAAACUUCACUUAGUAAAUUGUCCUAUUUAAUUCAACUGAAUGUUAUUUAUAGAGGACAUUUAUCAAUAGCAGUUGUCACAAAGUACUUUUACAGCUCUACCCCAAAUUCCUACCAAGCUGGGAUAUGCAAAGGAAAUUAAUUCUAUUGUCCUCUACGUGUUAAUGAGACAAUAAAGGCCUUUUUUCUUCUUUCUGCAGAAAUCUGGAUGUAGAUUUAGAUCUCUAAUGAGCAAUUAUCUGUAGACCAGCUGUAGUAGCAGUUUUAUGGCACAAGAUGUCGCUAUGUAGCCAAUUAGCCAUAGCUCACUACAGUCUACUGUUGUGUUGACUCGGUCCGUCAGGUUUCCUAGGGGUCAUCUAACAAACUUCACUUGAACUCAUAAAGUAUAGAAACAUUAAUGCGAGGAGAAACUGAACAUAUUCAAAACACUUGGAGUAAUUUAUAAUCCAUUCGUUUGUUUAUUUAGGUCAAAUUUCCUCUAAAGAAAAGUCUACAUGCAAGCAUUAAGAAAAUGAUGUUUAAGACAGAUAACAAUGCUGAUACUAUGAGGUAACAUAAAACCACUACAUGAGAAAAGAUCUAAAUUUUAUUUUUUUAGGAUAAAUAUUAAUACUGCAUAUAAAAAGUAAAUUGAGACAUGGAAAGAGUGAUGAAAGAGAUCUUCAAAAAUAAAAAACGAGACAGCGGUUGUUGUUUCCUGUUUCCUGGUAACCACACUAUAUAACAGAGAGACACUCAGGCAGUGUGAGUGUGUGUGUGUUGUCACUUUGAGGGACUGGUGUCUGUGCAGAAGAAUCAGUAAUGAUGAAGUGCUUGUAUCUUUUGUCUGUUGUGUUUCAUGUCACUGCAGGCUGUGCUCUCUCUGCUGAUAAUCCGAUAGAAAUCACAGGACACAAAGGUGGUUCAGUGCUGUUCCCCUGCUCCUGCUCUGACCUGAACACCAAACCUCAGAAAUUCACCUGGUCGACCUUCAGAACUGGACCUCUGACAGAAGUGUUAAAUGAUGAACACUACCGUGGCAGACUUCAGCUGUUUAAUCACAGUUCUCCUGCUAAUCUGUCUCUGCUCAUAUCUGACCUGAGAGAAGAGGAUUAUGGAACCUACAGGUGCAGCACUGAGAAGGAACACAGAGAGACCAGGCUUUAUAUUAAAGACUGUGAGCUGGUGAAUAAGACAGUGGUAGAGCAUGUGACUGGGUUCAUAGGAGAGUCUGUAGUUCUGCCCUGCGUCUGCACUGACCUACAGGACAAACCAAAGGCUGUAAAAUGGGAGUUUAUUGGAAUCAAUCACGUUCAGGAAAUUUACGAUAAACAGACUGGACGUCACACAAACAGAGUCAAACUGGUCAGUAACAUCGCUCCAGGAAAACUUUCUCUACUCAUAUCAGACCUGACUGAAGAGGACCAGGGACUCUACAGAUGUUCUGUACAGGACGAUAGCAGAGAUGUCAGAUUAUCUGUUAAAGUAGGAAGAAGAGAAACUUCAACAUACUCGAGGAAAACAGACACAACACCUCCAUCAGAACCGCCUCAGAGUAAAACAACAAACUCUCCACCUGCAUCAUCCUCAACAACACUGGAACAAGAUAAACAGCAAACACACAGCAGCCUCUCUCUAGUUUUUGGCAUUCUGGCGUUUUUGUUGCUGGUGAUACCCGGUGUAGUGGCAAUUAUUUGUUGGAGAUGCAAAGGAGGAAGAUGUGGAGAGAACGUGAUCACUGAAGGACAUCCGGACUGUAAGAGAAACCAGAAGGAUCAGAUUGGGUCUGAUGUCACUGUAUUUACUACUGUUAUUUACACUUACUACUCUACUGACCCACAUUAACACAGCCGGAGCAGCAGAUCAUCACUGGACAGAAAACUGAAUAUGGCAGCAUUAUAACAAACUAAUCCAGAAUAAAUAUAGACACAUGCUCAGAUAUUAUAGAAUAAUCCUGAAAACAUAUAUUAAAUACACAUUAUGGGCAGCACGGGAUUCACAAUAUUGACUUUUUGAGAUUUUUAUUCAUUUUCCAAUUAAAUAUCAGAUUCAGGCAUAAACGUGUGUUACAUUUACUUAUGUUAGCUAAGUGUAUUGUUCUGCAUUCAUUGUUUAUCAUUAAUUGCUGAUGGAUAAUCUCGCUAAUUAUAUUUUGAGUGUACGUGUCAUUUUAUAUCUUAUGUGUACCAUACUUAUAUCAGGUUAAGAAAUGAAAGCUCUAGAAGGCUGUUGUCAUCAUGCUGUUUUGUGUAAGAAGACUGCUAUAGAAGUUCUUGUUUGUGACUUUUAAUGACUUUGAGUAAAAAUAAAAGAAGGAGGAUUGUUGAAUCUGACUGGACAGAAUGUGUGUGUUUUUUUUUAAACAAUAUUGAGCUUCUUUUUUUUUUCAACAACAUUGAGGUAAUUUUUUUCUCCAAAGCUCACACAGUUAGCACAGCAGCGCUCUGAGUUGACUGAACUAUGGAUCAGUUUUUAUUGCUUUGAGACAAAAGACAAAAUAAGUUCAUCAUUCAAUAUUCAUUCUUUUUUCACACAAAUUCAACUUCCAGCAAAUCUCUGUGUAUCUACUGC